UUCGUCCAAAACAGAUUCUUUGCGGAUUUCUUUAGACAGAAUUCGGUUGCCGAAAAACUCGCGAUCCACGCACUUAUUAUUCGAUCGAUACAAGACGGUGAUCACUUUUCUUUCACCACUCGAAAGCAUAGUUUGAACGGAAUUUGAACAAAUGUGUAUGUUCAACGUUGUAAAAAUAAUAUCAUGGCAUUCAAAAUAGUGGCAUUUAUGUUAGUUGUUACUGUCAUUGCGGAUUCCCCUUGGGUUCAGCUAUCAGACAACGGAUUUCAAUUCCCCAGUGAGAUUUACAACUCAGCGAAGAAUUAUGCGAAAGAGCCGGUUCAAGGAAUUGGGAACGACAAUUCUGAAUGUAAGACACCAACAAACAAACGGGGACUGUGCGUCUCUUUCUAUGAUUGCCCCAGCAUGCUCUCCUUUUAUGACGAUCAAAUUAUGACGUGGGAAGAACGGGACUUCCUUACGCGUUCCUUCUGCACCGGAUCAACUUCCGGGCGUCAACCGUAUGUUUGCUGUCCGGAUCGAAAGAUUGACAAUGAAGAAGAUGCUGGUACUACAAAAGCAGUUCCAGUUCUUACUUCAGUUCAAACGUCAGCGGACAUAGACACACCCAUAGAAAACGAAAAUCGCUUUGGAGGACUCCUUCCGGAUCCGACCAAGAACGAGUGUGGCGUGAGUGUUAAUGAUCGAAUCCUCGGUGGUAAAAAUGCUGACAUCGAUGAGUUCCCAUGGCUGGCAAUGCUACAAUAUGAAAACGACCGAGGGGAACGUCAAUUCAGUUGUGGAGGAUCGUUGGUCAACAACCGCUACGUGCUAUCGGCGGCACAUUGCGUUGUUGGCGAGGCAGUAAAACGAGUAGGCAAUUUGGUCAGCGUCCGGUUGGGUGAAUAUGACACGACCACAGAAAUUGACUGUAUCACAAAGGAUGGUGAGCUCAUUUGUGCAGAUUCCCCAAUCGACGUACCAGUGGAAGAAAAGCUUGCACAUCCAGAAUACAACGAAAAGUCCAUGUUGAAUGAUAUUGCACUGCUGCGGUUGGAUCGGGACGUUGAGCCAACGGCUUUCAUUAAACCUGUUUGCUUGCCCUCGUCCAAUUUCAAGAACUCAUUGGCUGGUGACUUCACAUUCGUUACUGGGUUCGGGCGAACCUUGGAAGGCAGUCGCAGUGCGAUCAAGCAGAAGCUUGGCAUAAAAGUGUACGACCAGGAUCAGUGCCGCACCAAAUUUGCUGCCCUAAAAGGCGAAGUUACGCCCAAACAGCUCUGCGCCGGGGGCGACUUAGCCAAGGAUUCGUGUCAAGGUGAUUCCGGUGGUCCUCUGAUGAAGCUGCAACAAGUGUGGACCGUGGAAGGGGUCGUGUCCUAUGGAUAUCGCUGUGGAAUAGAGGACUGGCCUGGCGUUUACACCCGUGUGCAAGCGUACAUAAACUGGAUUUUGGACGAAAUCAGGAGCUAACAGGUGCACUUCUAGUGCUGAAAUCUGACCGGUACAAUGUUUUAUUAUUAGUGAACAGGAUUAUGAGUGAGUGUUUCGAAAAUAGAAAUAAAUCUUGAUUAUCCUCGAUGUGUUUCUCGCCGGGAUUUUUUUAAACCCGGUUUGAAUUAUUGCAGUUGGCCUUAGGAAAAUAGAAGAGUCUUCGAUGAAUUCCAAGGUGUUCGCUGUGAUCGCUGUAUUGUAUGCUGAAUGGAAAAUGUAAUCAAUAAUUAAAUCCAAUAAUAUAAA